UAACUCAGGCUUGCAAGCUUGCACGCAGAGCGCCGAGCCGUCACCGCGUGACCGUCCAUUUUCGCCUCGAUUACACGACCCUGCUCUUAAUUCAAUUGGACUCUACACUCUUUCGAACAGAGAGACAGCGAGUAGCGACACCUGCAGCAAGGAGUGCCUGCACCAGCAGUGCCUGCCAGCAACCAUGGUCUGCAGCCGCGCCCGCCUGCUCGCAUGCCUCGCAGCAGCGCACGCCUUCGGCCCGCCGACGCGACGACGGCCGCCGCGGACGCCGCGACGAGCCGACGGCGAAAAGACGGGCCUCGACGCCAUCGACGAGCUGCUGCCGCGCUUUAGGAGAGACGCGGGCGCCGUGGACCUGCCGAAGGACGAGGAGGCGCCGGCGGAGGGCGCCGCGAUGGGGACGAUCAACGACAAAUUAUUAGCAGAGAUCGAGGAGGCCAAGAAGGGGUUUAGGGUCGAGGCGCCGCAGGUCGACGAGCGUGAGGACGUGGACAUCUCGGACGUGAAUCCCGUCCAGAGCGUGCUGAGCGGCGUCGCCGCGCUGGCGACGGCCUACGUUUUUUGGUUAGCGGUCGGGUUCGCCGCCAACUCCUUCGCGGAGCAUCCGGUGGACAGCGAGAUCUACGCGAUCCAGCGCAUCUCGACGGUCAUGCGGACCGUGGUGCUGGGGCUGGGGACGCUGCUGACGGGGAUCACGGCCUUCGCGGGCGUAGGGUUGCUGGCGCUCGGGGGCAAGGUCGUCCUCGACCCGCAGUCGUCGUCGGAGGGGGAGUAACUUCGAGCGGUCGAAUGCGUCCCCCUGGAUGCCCCUCGGGACCGCUCGCCGCCGCUGUCGAGGGAC